AUGGUGGCUUUUCUUCCAACGAGUGAACCGGAAUUAAACCGGAAAUCUUCUUGUGUAAUAUCAGGUUUUCAGUUCAGCAGAAAACUUUCCGGCCAAGAAACUGAAACCAAAAGCAACGAGAAAGAGGCGGUUGUGACGUCGGAAAACGGCGUCGUAGCAUCCGAUCACGAGACAUGUUCGGAGAUCGGUGCCGAUGUACUAGGACGACUCGGCGGCACCGCCGUGGACGCUGCAGUGGCCGUCGCGUUUUGCUUAGGUGUGAUGAAUCCAUCGUCCAGCGGAAUCGGCGGCGGAUCCUUAAUGGUUGUCAGCUCAUCAUCCGCCUCCGUAGCUACGGCUUAUGACAUGAGAGAGACAGCUCCAUUAGCUGCUUCACAGGAUAUGUUCGAGAACAGAGAGGAGGAUAGAGUAGUAGGACCAUUGUCAAUAGCAGUUCCGGGAGAGAUCGCCGGACUUUACAAAGCAUGGGAGACACACGGUCGUGUCCAGUGGAAGCUACUUGUCGAGCCGUCUAUUAAGCUGGCUCGAGAAGGUUUCGAGGUUGGUUCGCAUCUCGCCUUCGCUUUAUCCAAGAACGAGGAUAUGAUCAAGAACGACCCUGGUUUAAAGAGUGUUUUCACUAACGGAGACGAACUGUCGAAGAAAGGAGAUAUAUGUUACAACUUGAAACUCGCUGAGACCUUGGAAGCUGUGGCCGAGCGAGGGAUGAAGGCGUUUUACGAAGAGGAUGUUGCGGAGAAGCUUGUGAAUGACGUCCUUGAGGCUGGAGGCAUCAUGACGAUGGAAGAUUUAAAGAUUUAUGAAGUUAAAGUGACCGAUGCUAUGGUUAUUGAUGAUGUUAUGGGGUAUAAAAUUCAAGGAAUGUGGCCUCCAGCGUGUGGAACAACUGGUUUUGCUAUGGUGAUGAAUGUGUUGGACAGAUAUACGAAAGAGAAGGAUACUGAUGAGAAUCUAGGACUGCACCGUGUUAUAGAAGUCAUGAAACAUAUGGUUGCAGCUAGAAUGGAUCUUGCAGAUCCUGCGUAUGUUAAUGGAAUAUCUAACGUUGUGGACAAUUUGCUCUCUAAGUCUUAUGCUGAAAGAAUACAUAACAAAAUAUCGGAUCACACAACGUUUCCACCAGAAUAUUACCUCAAUAGAUAUAACCAGCUUGAGGACCAAGGGACGACUCACUUCUGUGUGGUGGAUAAAGAUAGAAACGCAGUGUCGAUGACAACAACUAUAAAUUAUGCGUUUGGGUCAGGGUUUAUGUCGCCAUCAACUGGUGUUAUACUCAACGGUCAGAUGGAAGAUUUCUCGAUACCAAGUCUGAAAUCUUCAAAUAGUCUCCCUCCAGCUCCUGCGAACUACAUUGCCCCAAAGAAGAGGGCUUUGUCUUCCAUGAUGCCUCUUAUCAUCACCAAGGACAAUGAGCUGGUCGGAGUGCUUGGUGCGAGCGGUGGGCCUUAUAUAUUUCCAGCAAUGAUCCAAGUGUUCCUCAAUCACUUUGUUUUCAAGAUGAGUCCACUAGAAGCUGUGCAGAGUCCAAGAGUCUACCCUAAGUUGAAACCAAACAAGGUGUUGUAUGAGGAUAUGACGGUGUACAAUGGAGAUCACAUUAAGCUUAAACAAGAGACUCGACAGUUUUUGAAGACGAGAGGACAUGAACUAGUGGUUACAAGUGUGGGAGGCAUUGUUCAGUUAAUUGUCCAAAGUAGAGUAGAUGAUUCUAAGACAGUUUUGACGGCGGUUAGUGAUCUCCGGAAAGAUGGGAAGCCAGCUGCUUCUGAUGCUUCUCUUGUUUGA